GACAAAUUGUAACCUUAAUUUUGACAGUAUGUCAUUACUUAAAUUCCAAAUUCGUUUUUAAAAUAUAAACAAAAACACGUGGAGAUUUGAUAUUUUUCAUUUUACAGACAAUGAGUUCAAGCGAGUCUGAGUUGAGCGACAGUGAUGUUGAGUUGCAAAAAGCGUUUGAAGAAGGUAAACUGAAGCCAGGCCUGAAUAAAGUAGAGGAGGCUCCCAUACAAUUUACAAAUAAUGUAACUGGUCUAAAACAAAAAUUGGAGGAGAUUAAAUUAAAAUUACCAUGGAUUGAAAGACUAGACUGUGUAAAUGAGCUAGCUCCCCUAGCUCCAGAGCUUGCAGUUCAAGCAAUGACCCAGGAACAAAAAAGAGAAAAUGAACUGAAAAAUAACAAAAAAUUACCUCAGUUCAAACCAGAAGAAGAUCCUGUAUUGAAUGACUUCAAAAGAGAGAUGUUAUUUUAUAGACAAGCACAAGCAGCAGUUACAUACGCCAUUCCAAAGCUCAAGGCAACGGGACUUGCCACAAAAAGACCUGAGGACUACUUUGCUGAAAUGGCUAAAUCUGAUGAACACAUGCAGAAGAUCAGAGAAAAUCUAAUGAAAAAGCAAGAACAGCAAAAAAGAAGUGAGAGAGUGAAACAAUUGAGACAACAAAGGAAAGAGGGAAAAAUGUUGCAGAUACAGAUAAAGCAACAGAGGCAACAAGAGAAAAAACAGAUAUUAGACCAAGUGAAGAAAGCAAGGAAAGGGAUGGCAAAUACAGACUUUUUGGAUGAGAAAAAGGGGAAAGCUAUUUCAAGAAAAUCUAUUGAAAGGAGGAAAAUGAAGGACAAGAAGUUUGGUUUUGGUGGAAAGAAGCGAGGCAGGAAAGUUAACACAAAGGAUAGUGCUGCAGAUAUAAGUGAAUAUAAGAAUCCUGGAAAACCUGGAAAGAAGUUCAAAAAUGCAGGAAAAGGAAAUAAGAAUUUGAAAACUCGACCUGGCAAAAAUAGAAGAAUAAACAUGAGGAAUAAGGGGAAAAAGUGAUAUGAUUUGUAAAUUUUUGUUUUAGCAAUUAAAGAUUCAAAUUUUUGAAAGAUAGUAUUUAAUAUCUUCUGAGGAAAUCUGCAAAAUCGACAUAAAAGGUGAAAAUAGCUUCCAUUUGAAUAGAGUUUGAUAACUUUGUAGAUAACACCUCUCUAAGCAUUUCAACAACAAUAUAAUCAGAGCUGACUGAAUCUCCAAAAAUAAAUGCCUGCAUAACAGAAAAAAAGGAUGAGUUUGGGAUUAAGAAAAAAAUGUAAAGCAGACAAAAUAUAUAUUUUCUCUUAACGAGUAUAACAAUGGAUACAAUUCACAAUUCAAUCACAAUCAGAAAAAUACUAUAAAUCAGUCAAUGAUUUAACAAAUUUUUGUAUUUGACAAG